ACACGUCAACCAGAGGAACACGAUGCCUCUUUGGGAGUCAACUCGUGUGCUCGGCAGCCGAUAGAGGCACCUCGGGCUGAAAGAUUAUAGCUCUACUGAACGGGGCGAACGUGGUGUGACAGCCCCGCCGCCAACGAACCCUUUCUCCCCCCGGGUUCAGCAAAUGGCCUGCUUCGUGUCGCCGCGCUGACGGGAGAGUGCCGUCAAGCUGGCAGGGCGACACCGAAAUCAACUUUGUCUGUUUUUAAUGGACACGCUUCGAGCGGCAGCGGCGGCGGCGGCGGCGGCGGGCGGUUCGUUUCCCUUUCGUCUUUAUCUGUAGCUGCUGUAGCAAGCCCCAGCGUGAGCCCCACCGUGUGUCUCCCCCCCACACCCUCCCUCUCCUCUCCUCUCCUCUCCCUCCCCCCUUGCUCGUCCGGCUUACCCUUGCACUCUUCCACAACCCCCGGUCCCAUUAAGAACAGCAUGGUCAUGGCUGAGAGUGUACAGAAACCGCUGAUCCGGGGUCCCGUCCGGGUGGGCUUCUACGACAUCGAGCGCACCUUAGGAAAGGGCAAUUUUGCCGUGGUGAAGCUGGCUCGGCACCGAAUAACAAAGACCGAGGUGGCCAUUAAGAUCAUCGACAAGACCCAACUGGAUGCCGUCAAUCUGGAGAAGAUCUACAGAGAAGUUCAGAUCAUGAAGAUGCUGGAUCACCCUCACAUAAUCAAGCUGUACCAGGUGAUGGAGACGAAGAACAUGCUUUACUUAGUCACGGAGUAUGCCAAGAAUGGGGAAAUCUUCGACUACCUGGCGAAGCAUGGCCGUCUCAGUGAGCUCGAAGCCAGGAGGAAGUUCUGGCAGAUCCUGUCUGCGGUGGAGUAUUGUCACAACCGCAACAUCGUCCACAGGGACCUUAAGGCGGAGAACUUGCUGCUGGAUGGCCACAUGAAUAUCAAGAUUGCAGAUUUUGGAUUCGGGAACUUCUUCCAGCCUGGGGAGCCUCUGGCCACGUGGUGCGGCAGCCCACCUUACGCCGCUCCAGAGGUCUUUGAGGGCCAACAGUAUGAGGGCCCACAGCUGGACAUCUGGAGUAUGGGGGUGGUGCUAUAUGUGCUGGUGUGUGGUGCGUUGCCCUUCGACGGGCCCACUCUGCCUGUACUUCGACAGAGAGUCCUAGAAGGACGGUUUCGAAUCCCCUACUUCAUGACAGAAGACUGUGAGCACCUGAUCCGCAGGAUGUUGGUGCUGGACCCAUCAAAGCGUCUGUCUGUGGCCCAGAUCAAGGAGCACAAGUGGAUGGCCCUGUACGCUCCCGUUCAGAGGCCUGUCCUGUACCAGCAGCCUCUUCCCGCUGAGGGCGAGGCGCGUGUGGGGGAGUACAGCGAGCAGGUCCUCCGCCUGAUGCACAGCCUCGGCAUCGACCAGAACAAGACUAUAGAGUCUCUGCAGAACAAAAGCUACAACCACUUUGCUGCUAUCUACUACCUGCUGGUGGAGCGGCUCAAGGCCCAUCGCUGCAGCUUCCCCGUGGAACAACGGCUCGACGCUCGCCAGCGGAGGCCCAGCACCAUCGCCGAACAGACUGUCGUCAAGCCGAGCAGUGGUUCAGCACAGGUGGGUUUGCUCCCGCAGGGUGUUCGUCUGCUGCGCUCCCCUGCUGUGCCCCAAGCCUCCUCCGAUGGCUUCACCUUCGCCCAGAAUGCAUGUCUCCUGGAGCAGAAUUUCCUGGUGGAGGAUGUCAACACACCCAAAGUGAAUGGCUGUCUGCUGGACCCCCUGCCCCCCCCCACUGCCCUCCGCAAGUCCUCCACCUCGUCGCCUAGCAACAUGAUGGAGACGUCAAUAGAUGAGGGCAUCGAGACCGAGGAGCCUGACACGGAGGAUGAGUCGCCCCACCUGCUCUCAGCCCAUCAAACAGCGCGGUUUGGCCAGCGGCGACACACCCUCUCUGAGGUGACCAACCAGCCAGGGCCUUCGAACCAAGGUAAAUUGUUCUCUAUGGGCCACAACCCCUCCAUGGGCAGCAUGGACUCGGACAUGGGCUACGACAUGGGCUCCAUGCAAAGUGACCUCGGCCUUUUGGACGACCCCCCGUCCCUCGGGGAAGUGGUGCCGGCCAACAGCACGGCCGCCGGCGUUACCCCUGCGCCGUUCUUGAGUGCUCGGCCCGCCAACCCGGCAAUGGCCGUCCUGACCUCUCAGCACAGGGAGACGCACAACCGCUCCCCCGUCAGCUUCAGAGAGGGACGCCGCGCCUCCGACACCUCCCUCACCCAAGGUCUGGUUGCAUUCAGGCAGCACCUCCAGAACUUGGCGAGGACCAAAGGCAUCCUGGAGCUAAACAAAGUCCAGAUGCUGGUGGAGCAGAUGGGGUCUGGGGAAGGGGCCUCCAUGGGCCCCCUGGGACCACAGCACCACUUGCACAACCUCCUUGAGGGCGAGGCGUCGAAGCAGCAGGAGGGCCUCGCUUUGUACCAAGGUGGGCCGCCCCCGCCUCUGCUGUCCCGCAGACAGAGUUUAGAGACACAGUACCUCACUCACAGACUACAGGCCAACGCGUUAGCAAACAGUCCGGCUAGCUGCCAACUUUUCUGUAAGGACACUCGAAGUUUAGAGCAACAGCUGCAGGAACAGAGACUGAACCAGAAGAGGCUGUACCUGCAGCAGUCGCAAGGCAUGGGGCUGCAGGUGUACUUCAACCAGAUGCAAAUAGCUGAAGGAUCCUACACCGCAGGAGGUCCCGCUCUGGACCCGGCGGCGUCUCAGGGUUCCCCUCACGGUGCCCCCAUGUCAGCGGCCCACCAGCCCCAGCAGCAAGGCGGUCCUCAGGCCUCGCCUCCCUACAGCCACCCCCACAGCCUGAGCCCCUUGAUGGAACCGGCCGAGGGCCUCCUUUAUGAUCCCUACAUGAGCCAGCACCACUACGCCCAACACCCGCCCCCCGGAUCUCACCUCCACCACCAGCUCCCCCACCCUCUGCCUCGCGGAGCCUCUUCCGGCAGCCUGGGCUUCAGCUACCCCACAGGCUGUGAGCAGCACGCCUUGGGGCCCUUCAGUGAGGGUGUUCACCAGGAGCAGUACGAGUUCCAACUGGACCCGGCCCUGUUGCGCCCGCCGGCGCCGGGAGAGGCCGUGGCGUACCCGGGCCAGUCGGACAGCCUGGGCCUGCCCGAGCUGCAGGGCUCUCUCCUGGAGAGCGAGAUGAUGGAGACCGUGGACUCCCAGCACGGCUUCGUACUGGUCAACUAAAGCCAGCUGAAGGGGCUCGACAGGAAGCAGUAUUAAGCAAUGAGAACCUGCACAGCACUAAGAGCAGAUGUGAGCGGAGGCCACAAGCGUAGCAACGGGGAAGGAAAGGGUGUUCAUUUCUGUGUGACUAAAACAAACUUUGUUUCUUAGUUGUGAAGAACCUCAGACAACCUUUUCUACCACCAUCCUCCCUCAGCCCUCUCCCUCUUCUGCCUCGUCUCCUCUGUAACUUGUUCCCGUCAGCUCGGGGAGGCAGGAACCGGUCCGAUGGGUGGCACAAGGCGAGCUCCGCCGCACUAACUUGGCAGCGUGGCUGCGUUGGUCGCUGACGUUGUCCCAGCAGUGAGGGUGAGGCCGUGCAGUGAGGGGAGGUGCUGCCCUGCACCAAGGAGGGGUUCGGACUGUCAGACAGCCGUGAGGACAAAGGCUGUCAGUGGGGGGGGGGGUGUAUUUAAAAUAGGACACCAUCUACAUUGAUAGACUUGUCCUCAAAACACUUCUUUGGAUUUAAAAAAAAUGAUUUCAGUAGAUUAGAAGAAAAAAAACAGAAAAAUCGCCCUCAUUUAUCAUGGUACCAUCGUCGUCAAUUCAAGUGUUAAAGGUGUUUUGCCGAUUUUACAGAAAUAUUACGUGGUUAUAUAUAGUUUAAAGUUUCAACACUAACAUAUACAUUACAACAAGUAACUUGGUUUGUCAUUUGCCUUAAAAAAAUACUCUAACAUGCAGAUUGAUGCGCCAUGUUGACUGUGUGCUUUUUAAAAGUGCUAAACGCUACCCAAUCUAUUUUGUUAAGUUAAUUGAUGAAUGAAAAUAAUAUAUACAAACACUUGCGUAGCUGCAGGCUUUUGUGUCGGCCACGGGUCUCUUUAAAUUCUAACUACUGAUUCUGAUCGUUUUGUUCUCACACUACUGAAGCGCUUUCAUCCGCCCGCACACGCUUGCUACGGCAAGAGGCCACACGUCGAUUUAACAGUUGGGUUGUGGAUUGUGCGUUUGCCUGAUAAAUGAGGGCUGAUGUAAUUAACGUGUGUUUGGUUAGGACGUUGUGCUGUUUUAGACUGUACAUAUUAUUCUAUUUUUGUGGAAAUACUGAAGCAAUAUUAAUCCUUAAUGUUGGGGGUUUACGGAUGGAAGCCUCACCUGUGCAUCCGAUUCUGAUUGGUUCCCGGGGACCGGAGUCGUCAGCGGUGACAUCACUUGAGCUGAUGAUGUAACCAGAGCAUAAUCUCUGCCUCACUCGCCCUACAAAUUCAGGGUUAGGCCUGCGGAGAGGGAGAGGGAGAGAGAGAGAGUGAUUGUGUCUGUUUGCACAAUCCAUACUGCAACUCUUCUGCAUUCAUGAAAUCGUUUGUCGGAAAAAAGACCAACACUGUAUUGUCAUCUCAAUUAAAAAUAAAACAAACUGUGCUUUUCCCCCUAAAUGCACAGAGGUAGCUUUUUAGAAGAAUCCUGGUUUACAUCCUGGAGGCUCCAGUCAUGACUCUGUGUUGUGUUAUAAAUGGAUCAUGUUCAUGAUCGAUUCCUGCUUUUCACUUCAUGAAGGAAUGUUUUGUUUCUCUCGGACACUGGUGGCUGCGAGGCGAAGAACGACAGAAUGUGAGUCACGUGACACUGGAUUUUGACCACACGCUCACCGCCGCGCUUUGACAGACAGGUGAAAAAAAAAAGAGAAGCGCACGGGUGCAUCUUCUUUGAGGGUAGAAUAGAGUCAGAGAGUCACGACGAGCUUGUUGGACGGGGACCAUCUGACCUUCAAUCUGACCUUCAUCCAACCGGCUGGACCUUCAGUGAAAACAAGCCCGUCCACCGGACUGAACAGAUGCUGUAGAGCCAACAACCAGACUCUAAAGUACACAUGUGGGUCCACUAAAAGACUUUAGAAGGUGCAAGACUGAAAGCAAAAAUCCACCCUGAAACACAAUCAUAUUUACGCUUCUUUAGGAGCCUUUAAAAGAAAUAAACGUGUUGAUUUUCAAAUUCACUGCUGCAGACUUUAAGUCUUCCUGCGUCAGCUCUCCAACAGCAACACCGGUUUGAAUCAAAUUCCAAUUUUCUGCAUUAUUGACCAAUAUGACAUCGCAGUGAGAUGUUUUAAUGCAAGUGACUCAUCUAUCGUUUCAAAUGCCUCGUCAGCUCCACUUUUAGCUCUGAUCAGUCAAAAGGGCCGACGUGCUGAUAAUAACGAUGAUUAAUAUGUUUAGUCACACACACACACACAGUUUAUUGAAAUGCAACCGGCUGACGCCCAGUUGGCGGGUGGCGAUGAACAUGUCCUUUCAGAAAGAGAAGGAGCUUCAGCGUGGAAUGGCCAUGGUGCCGUUGGGGGUCGAUUCAUGAUGGUGCUCAGGGUGGAUUUAGCCCUGAAGGGAAUUUUUGAAUGAUUAUUUGAUUUUGUCGAUGGCUGGAACCGCUAUCAGUGGUCUGUGGAAAACGAGGAGGAGGAGGAGGAGUUUCACGCCCUCGGUUCCUGGCAGGAGGGAAGGAACCGAAGUGUGCGGGAAAUAUUCUUCUCCUCGCUCUUCCCCCUCCAAUAAUGGACGAGAAACCAAUUUCUUUCAAAGAAAGACCAGGCACAAUAAUACUUUAUCUGAUUUUGAUUCAAGAUGGAGGAACACGCGUCAGUUUACGACCGCUGUCCUUUGUAUAAAUUAGUGGUGCAGUGAGUCUUCGGUGCACCAAGGAGAAUUCUGUGUGCAACGUGAAAAAUUGUUCAGUGUGCCUUUUUACUUUUCUGUAUUUUCCAUCUAAAUUAAGGUUUUCAAUGGCACUAUUGUUUCUGUUGAAGCCCUUUUUAUGAUUUGUUUUAAAUAAGUAGAGCCAGGAUUCACAAAGGUACAAAACCAAAGUCCCUCAGAAGUAUCCCUGUACGACCCACCGUGUGGAGUUUUGGAGCUUUGGAGCAGUGCUUUUCUUCUUCUUGGUCAAUCCGUGUAUGCCAUUUAAAAGUAUUAUAGCAAUAUUUCUCUAGUUGAAGAAGUCAUGAAGAGUCUAGUGGACGUGUUUCCAAGUAUUGAUCAUUUCACCUCCUGCUGAUAAAACAAAACAUUGAUCUAUCCAUAGAAAUCCACUUUUAUAUUUACCUUCAUUGAUGUUGACCACACAUAAGCUAACUUGCUGUUGAGAUUAAAAAAGGUUUAUUGAACAUAA